AUGAAGUCCACCUGGCGAGAGACGGGCAAAGGAUGGGAACUCCCUCACUGGGUCAUGCACAUCGUGCGACUGCACCCAACGGACCUCAAAAACAAGCCCGCAGUUCACGCCAAAACCGACAAAAUGGGCUACCUACCUGAACUCCACGCUCACAUCUGGGUAAUCCUCCACGCAAUCUGGCCCAUGAUCGUCCACCAGGCCUUCAUCUGGGUCUUUGGCGGCAACCUCAACGUCCCGGCCGCCUUCGUCUGGUACACGAUUGCCUUCAACCUCAACGCCGUCCACCAACUCUGGCUGCUCCGAGACCUGGGAACGAAAUACGGCUUCCUCGACGGCGACAAGCACGAACGCGACCAAGUCCCCGACGCCAGCGUGCGCAAAGUCCUCGACAGUCUGACCGCCACCGCGACAUUCCGGCCCCUCUUCACGGUGAUCCUCGCCUACCGCACCAGCCAAGCCCCGCUCACCAUCAGCCCCUGGGUGGUCGUGGAGAUCGGCGUCUACGGCCUCGUGCUCGACUUCUUCUUCUACUGGUACCACCGCUGCAUGCACGAAUUCGACGGGCUCUGGAAGUUCCACCGCACCCACCACCUCACCAAACACCCCACACCCCUCCUCAGCCUGUACGCCGACUGGGAGCAGGAGAUCUUCGACGUCGCCAUCGUCCCCUUGCUCACCUACGCCACGAUGAAGGCGAUGGGUUUCCCCAUGGGCUUCUACGAUUGGUGGAUGUGCCACCAGUACAUUGUCUUCACCGAGCUGUGGGGGCACGGGGGCGUGCGCCUGUGGGUCACGCCGCCGUCGACGAACUCUUGGUUCCUGAACCUCGUGGGCGCCGAGCUCUGCACCGAGGACCACGAUCUCCACCACCGUCAGGGCUGGCGACACAGCGCCAACUACGGCAAGCAGACGCGUUUCUGGGACAAACUCUUCGGGACCUGCGGCAAGCGCAUCGAGAGCGUCGAGGGCGUGAUUGAUUGGAACCAGCCGGUGUACCCCAAGUGGAUUUGA